UCAGGCCUGGGUAGGUGAUGUUUAAAAGGGGGCGGUGACGGAACUAACUAACUUUUCUGGUUUAAUCUGACGUGAUAAGACUGUAGUGACUGUGAUGUUAUUGAAGUCACUAGUGGGGAGUGCCUGCACUCUAAUAGGAGCCGCUACUGCGUUAAAACUCGCACCUGCUGAAGUCCGGGCUCAGACAGCUGCUCUCGUUCACAGCGCAGUGAGGAAGUCUCACCUGGUCCAACAAGACAGCAUGAGGGUGGAGCUGCUCCCAGCGCUCAGCGACAACUACAUGUACCUGCUGAUCGAUGAGGACUCCAGAGAGGCCGCUAUUGUUGACCCCGUGGAGCCAAUAAAGGUGGUGGAAGCGGUCAGAAAACAUGGCGUUAAACUCACCACAGUUCUGACCACCCAUCACCACUGGGAUCACGCCGGUGGGAAUGAGAAGAUGGUGAAGCUGAUGCCAGGGCUGAGGGUCUAUGGGGGAGAUGACCGUGUCGAUGCCAUCACUAAGAAAGUUUCUCAUUCCAACACUUUUAAACUGGGAUCACUAAGUGUGAAGUGUCUGUUUACUCCCUGUCACACGACGGGUCACAUCUGUUACUAUGUUACUAAAGAGAACUCCUCUGAUCCACCUGCCGUCUUCACAGGCGAUACUCUGUUUGUGGCCGGCUGUGGUAAAUUCUUCGAGGGCACGGCGGAGCAGAUGUACAAAGCCUUGAUAGAAAUUUUGGGACGUCUGCCUCGUGAAACGCGUGUCUACUGUGGUCAUGAAUAUACGGUCAGCAAUCUGAAAUUUGCACGCCACGUGGAACCAAAAAAUGAAGUCAUUCAGAAGAAGCUGGAAUGGGCUAAGGAGAAGUGCAGCAACGGAGAGCCGACCAUCCCAUCCACGCUGGAGGAUGAAUUCACCUUCAAUCCCUUCAUGAGAGUAAAAGAGAAGUCGGUCCAAGACCACGUGAAGCAGAUGGACCCAGUUGAGACCAUGAGAAGUCUCCGGAAAGAAAAGGAUGGUUUCAGAGUUCCUAAGGAGUAAAGCGUUCAUGUCGACACUUUUUACCUGCAGGUUGACCAUUAUGGAAGAAAAACAACAACUCCUGCGAGCCUUUUGAAACGGUCACUUUGACUGAUGGAGCAGGCGUAGCAGGUUUCUGAUUAGUUUGGCCGAUGUUGCUGUGCGAGUCAAAAGGAAUAUACGGCCAUGAGUUGGAACGCUUUAAGGGGAAAAUUGUAUUUUAAUUUGUAAAUGUUAGAGUCUAUUUAGAAUGAUGUUAAUAUUUUAAACUACUAAAAGUUUCAUUUGGUGUUGAAAUGAUUCACAAGACACACAAAGAACAAAUACCCAGUGUUAUACGUACAAUCUGUGUGAAUAGAUUUAGUCAUUUCUUACUCUUCACAUUGUUUACUUCCAUAAUCACUUAAAGCUGUAUCUGGGUUAAACGCAUCACAGUUGCCUUGUAGACGUGUGGCUCUGCAUUACUUCUAAAUGCUUUUACGUUCUUACAAUCGUACAAAGAGUCCUGCAUGAUCUUUGUUUUAAGCAAUAAACUCAUCUGUUUGGAGAAGGUAAAAGAAGAAACCUGUGAUUUAAUCUUCUCAUAAAUAAACGUGUGAUGCUGUACGUCAUUAGUUGAAUCAUAUGCUCACGUAUGUUCAGUUAUAAAACUUUAUUUUUAAUUAAAAAUACAAUCUGUAACGAGGAAAAACAUCCACGUUCAUGAUUUGAACAAAACCUCCGAACAUUUCAAUAACUUCAAAAUAAACAUUUUGUGACAGA